AUGACAACCCACGGCACCACCGAUCCCAAAUUCGCCCGUCUCCGCACCGUCCUCUCAGAAAGACUCGCUUCAGGCACCGAACUCGGCGCCUCAAUCUGCGUAAACAUCGGCGGCCGCAACGUCGUCGACAUCUGGGGCGGCUACACCGACACUGCCAAAACAAAACCCUGGCAAGAAGACACCCUUGUCGUCGUCUGGUCCUGCACAAAGGUCGUCACAGCCCUCGCAGCAGCCAUUCUCAUUGACCGCGGCCAGCUAGACCCCGAAGCCCCCGUGUCCAAGUACUGGCCCGAAUUCGCCGCCAAUGGAAAACAAGAUACGAAGAUCUGGCAUCUCCUCUCGCACUCCUCCGGCCUGCCGCAGUGGGAUAAGCCGAUUACCAUGGAAGACGUCUAUAACACGAAAGAGUCGACGGAGAGACUCGCGGGGCAAAAACCUUGGUUUCAGGCUGGUGAGAUGUCGGCUUAUCAGCUGAUGAAUCAUGGGCAUUUGAUUGGGGAGGUUGUUAGAAGGGUUAGUGGGAAGUCUUUGAAGAGUUUUAUUCAGGAUGAGAUUGCUGGUCCGUUGGGUGCGGACUUUAGGCUUGGGUUGCCUGAUGGGGAGUGGGGACGUGCGGCGGAGGUUGUUGCGCCGCCGGCUGUUGCGAUGCCGAGUGGAUUGGAUAAGGAUAGUGUUCUUGUUAGGGCUCUUACGAAUUUGGUUACGAGGGCGGAGGCUUCGGAGACGGCUGGGUUUAGGGGGAGUGAGAUUGGGGGGGCCAAUGGGUUUGGAAAUGCGAGGUCGUUGGCGAGGAUUGGGUCGAUUGUUUCGUUGGGGGGAAAUGUUGAGGGGAGGAAGUAUCUUUCUCGCAAGACUAUUGCCGAGAUGAUGAAGGAGAGAGUUAGUGGGGUUGAUUUGGUUUUGUUUUUGAAUAUUCGGUGGGGAUUGGGGGUUGCUUUGCCCGUGCCGGAGAGUAUCAAUUUUGUCCCUGAGGGGAACAUUUGCUUCUGGGGUGGUUGGGGAGGGUCGAUGUUGGUUAUGGAUUUGGACCGGGGGAUGACCAUUUCUUAUACCAUGAACAAGAUGGGACAGGGUGUUCUGGGCAACGAGAACGCCAAGGCGUAUCUUGAUGCUAUUUUUGAGAUUGUGGGAAGCAAGGGUCCUACUGCUUCUCUGUGA